AUGUUUUGUCAUCGUAAUUUGUCAUUCCUCCUAUCAAGUUUAUUCAUUAUUUUAAUUAUAUCUCUUCCACCACUUCUAUGCUCCUAUGUAACCAUAUUAGUUAUCCGGAAUGCAAAAUGGAAACGAAAUCGACAAAUACGAAUUGAAAAUUCGUUAGAUGAGCCAAGGCUUAAUCCAAACAUGAUACAAUCGGGUCAAACAGAUACAACGGAAAUUAAAUCAAACAGAACCGUUGUUACGAAACGUUCUAUUGGUAUACAACUUUCAGCUUCAUCAACUCCACGUAUUCCUCGUGAUAAAGGAAUAUUAUGGUCUCAAGCAACUAAUUCACCACAAAUGACACCACGUAACGAUGAGCAUUCAUCAUUGUCAUUCAAUACUGAUCAUGAUUUGGAAUAUGAUUAUUACGAACCAGCUAUUCCGGGUUCAUUCCUUACAUCAGCUAUCAAUUUCUAUUCUGAUAUUGAUAUUGAACAAAUCAUUGGUAGUUCAGAGCUUUCCUAUAAUCUGUUAUCAAAGCAUGAUGCUCAUACACAAAUUGAUGAUAACAUAUGA